GAAAGUAGCGCCCGCUUCGUCGCGUACCCAUGCGAGCUACCUCAGGCCCUUUGUUUUCAUUCAGCAAUAAUAAUCCACAUUAUCACGUAAACGCACUGCUGUGAACAUUUCCGAAAUGAGCGGUGGAGUGUACGGGGGCGAUGAGGUGGGCGCUCUGGUGUUCGACAUUGGCUCGUACACGGUGAGAGCUGGUUACGCUGGAGAAGACUGUCCUAAGGCUGACUUCCCCACGGUGAUCGGUGUGACCCUUGACCGUGAGGAUGGCACCACUCCAAUGGAGACGGAUGGUGACAAAGGCAAGCAGAGUGGCACAAUUUACUACAUUGACACCAACCAGCUAAAGGUCCCGAGGGAAACCAUGGAGGUCAUGUCUCCCCUCAAGAACGGCAUGAUUGAAGACUGGGACAGCUUCCAAGCCAUUUUGGAUCACACCUACAGGAUGCACUUCAAAUCAGAACCAAGCCUGCAUCCUGUACUUAUGUCGGAAGCAUCUUGGAACACGCGAGCAAAACGAGAGAAACUGACUGAACUGAUGUUCGAGCACUAUAACAUUCCCGCUUUCUUCCUCUGCAAGUCAGCUGUGCUGUCUGCUUCUGAGGUUUGCAUCUUGGCUCAGAUCUGCCUUAUGUCCCUUGUGAUGGGUUGUGUACGCCCUUGGCCCAAAUCCACUGGGAUAGACUCCAAACCAUGCUCAACCCUAAUGAGGACAAGGGCUAGAGAAAAAGGCUUGGUCCUGGACAGCGGAGCCACACACACCACAGCCAUACCGGUGCACGAUGGCUACGUCCUACAGCAAGGCAUUGUCAAGUCACCCCUGGCUGGAGAAUUCAUGAGCAUGCAGUGUCGAGAACUGUUCCAAGAGAUAAAUGUUGAAAUAAUUCCACCCUACAUGAUUGCAUCAAAGGAUCCAGUGCGAGAGGGAUCGCCGGCUAGCUGGAAGAAAAAGGAGAAACUACCUCAAGUCACACGCUCGUGGCACAACUACAUGUGCAAUUGUGUCAUCCAAGACUUUCAGGCAUCUGUCCUGCAGGUGUCCGACUCGCCAUACGACGAACAGGUUGCUGCUCAGAUGCCCACAGUGCACUAUGAGCUUCCCAACGGGUACAACUGUGACUUUGGUGCAGAGAGGUUGAAAAUCCCCGAGGGCCUUUUUGACCCCUCUAAUGCCAAGGGCUUGUCUGGAAACACAAUGUUAGGAGUCGGCCAUGUGGUGACAACCAGCGUAGGGAUGUGCGACAUCGACAUUCGGCCGGGUCUGUAUGGCAGCGUCGUGGUGACAGGAGGAAACACCCUGAUUCAGGGCUUCACCGACCGACUCAACAGAGAACUCUCCCAGAAAACACCCCCGAGUAUGCGACUCAAGUUGAUAGCCAAUAAUACCACAGUGGAGCGGAGGUUCAGUGCUUGGAUCGGAGGCUCCAUCCUCGCAUCACUUGGAACUUUCCAGCAAAUGUGGAUCUCCAAACAGGAGUACGAGGAGGGUGGAAAGCAGUGUGUGGACAGAAAAUGCCCUUAAUUUUACACCCAGCAUAUCACCAUACUUUCAUACAGAAAACAGACCUUUUUUUGUUAAGCUGUCUACGUACCGUGUUUGUGGAUGUGGUGUAGCAACAUUCACAUCACUUUGUUCAAGUGAGAUUAAAUUUCUUUGUUAUAAUGUUCA